CGGCUUAUUGUAAUCAACCAUCUAAAUAAACGCCGAAGUGAGAGAAUGGGCUUGAGCUCUCUUUCAUUAGCAGGCAUUCGCUAACCCACCCGCGUUACGUGCAGGUGUUUUUUUUAGCAGCAUGAGAGAAACUAACUCCAGGAGUUGGAAGAGAAGCAGAGAAUGAGCGAGUGGGCUGCAGAGCACACGCGCACCAGCCGGAGCGCCUCCGUGCACACGCGUGUGUAAUUGUGUGUGUGUGUACGAGCGUCUCCCUUUCCUUCCCCCAGCCCCGUUGCCCGCCCGGCUCUCGCGAACCGCAGCUGACAUGGUCGUCCCGCGGGGGGCUCUGAACUUCAGCACCAGUGACAGCCCCGUGCUCAUCCUGACCGCCAACACCAGCUCGCGGGCCGGCCUGGCGCCCGAGGAGCCGCCGACCCUGAGCCGGGCUGGCCACACGGUGGUGGCCGUCUUCCUGGGACUGAUUUUCGUGCUGGGGUUCCUGAACAACCUGCUGGUCCUCGUCAUCUUCGCCAAGUUUGAGGCGGUCCGGACUCCGAUCAACCUGAUUCUGCUGAACAUCAGCGCCAGCGACAUGCUGGUGUGCGUGUUCGGGACCCCCUUCAGCUUCGCCGCCAGCCUCCGCGGCAGGUGGCUCAUUGGGCACCAGGGCUGCAAGUGGUACGGGUUCGCCAAUUCACUCUUCGGAAUCGUGUCUCUGGUGUCUCUGUCCCUCCUGUCCUACGAGCGCUAUGUCACUGUGCUGCGCUCCACCAAGGCUGACGUGAGAGACUACCGGAAGGCCUGGCUCUGCAUCGCUGGCUCCUGGCUCUACUCCCUGGUCUGGACCCUCCCCCCCUUCCUGGGCUGGAGCAGCUACGGGCCGGAGGGUCCCGGGACCACCUGCUCGGUGCAGUGGCACCUUCGCUCCCUCAGCAACGUGUCCUACGUGGUCUGCCUGUUCGUCUUCUGCCUGCUGCUGCCCCUGAUGCUCAUGGUGUUCUGCUACAGCAAGAUCCUCAUUGCCAUCCGAGGGGUGGCCAAGAUUAACCUGACAACAGCGCAGCGGCGUGAGAACCACAUCCUGGUCAUGGUGGUGUCCAUGGUCUCCUGCUACCUGCUGUGUUGGAUGCCCUACGGGAUCAUGGCGCUCAUCGCCACCUUUGGCAGGGCCGACCUUGUCACGCCCACAGCCAGCAUCGUCCCCUCCAUCCUGGCCAAGAGCAGCACUGUGUUCAACCCCAUCAUCUACAUCCUCAUGAACAACCAGGUCCGAUACCGAACCCCGUGCCCCGCUGUGCUGGCUUUGUCAGAGCACAUAGAGAGGUUGUGUUGUCCCGUCUUCUGA